CUACGAUGCUCGAUGGUCGAUGGUUUCGAUAUUUCGGUUGUGUGGUUACUUUAAUUUAUUGACAAAAAUGUAACACUUCUAUUUUAAAUUGACUAUGUUUUUACAACCGGAAUGAUAUCUGUUUUAUCCACGUUAAGUUAUUUGUGUAAAUACUGAAGGUGUUUUUAUUCAAGUAAGAACUCGUUGACGCGAAAAGCGAAAAUGUCUUCGAAGAGUGAAUUAAAAAAGUUGUCAGAAGAAAGUUUAACGAGACAGCCUGAGGAAGUAUUUGAUAUAAUAUGCAAGUUAGGAGAAGGAUCUUAUGGAUCAGUUUAUAAAGCAUUGCACAAAGAAAGUGGACAGGUACUUGCUAUUAAACAAGUACCUGUGGACACAGAUUUACAAGAAAUUAUAAAAGAAAUUUCUAUCAUGCAACAGUGUGAUUCUCCAUAUGUUGUUAAAUAUUAUGGAAGCUACUUUAAAAACACUGAUUUAUGGAUUGUAAUGGAAUAUUGUGGGGCUGGAUCUGUUAGCGAUAUUAUGAGGUUAAGGAAAAAAACUCUCCAAGAGGAUGAGAUAGCAACAAUCCUCAGUGAUACUUUGAAAGGUUUAGAGUAUCUUCAUUUAAGAAGAAAAAUACAUAGAGAUAUUAAAGCAGGGAAUAUUCUGCUCAACAAUGAAGGACACGCAAAAUUGGCAGACUUUGGAGUAGCAGGACAGUUAACUGAUACAAUGGCAAAACGUAACACUGUCAUAGGAACUCCAUUUUGGAUGGCUCCAGAAGUAAUACAAGAAAUUGGAUACGAUUGUGUUGCAGACAUAUGGUCCCUUGGUAUAACUGCUUUAGAAAUGGCAGAAGGCAAACCACCGUAUGGUGACAUACAUCCAAUGAGAGCAAUAUUUAUGAUACCAACUAAACCACCACCUAGCUUUAGGGAACCUGAUCAGUGGAGUUCUGAAUUUAUUGAUUUUGUCAGCGGGUGCCUUGUUAAAAAUCCAGAAGAGAGAGCUACUGCAACUGAGCUUCUAAAUCACGAAUUUAUAGGUAAUGCCAAGCAACCAAGUAUUCUCAGUCAAAUGAUUGCAGAAGCACAUGAAAUAAGGGAAAAACAAAGUGCACAUCGUGCUCAUGUUAUCAAUAAUGUUGCAAUAAAAAAUCAAAACCAGACAGAGGAUUCGGUUUGUAUUGAUGAGGAAGACUGUAGUGGAACGAUGAAACCUCUACCAGAAGACACAGGAACAUUAGUACCAACUCAUGAUCUUCCAGAUACAGGAACACUUGUUUCUGCAAUGUUGGAUUUGGGAACAAUGGUUAUUAAUAGUGAUACAGAUACUGAAGCGACUAUGAAACGGCAUAAUACAGGGUCAGUUGAAUCUGGGAAAAAAUAUCGACCGUUAUUUUUAGACCAUUUUGACAAAAAGGAAGCACCAGAAAUAGGGAAGGGUAAUGGACAGAUACUUGGAGCGCAUAAUCAAGAUAAUGAAAAUAAGUUAGAAUUGCGAAGCCCUACAGAAUCUCAAAGGUUUCAGAGUCAUUUACAGUUACAACUUAAUCAGAUUUCUCAUCCGGUACAAGAACAGCCGCAUAAUAACAUAUCCAAGUUCCAAAAUGUCUUCACAGAACGUGAUUUCGAUUUCAUAAACAACCAUAUCCUGCAGCUGAAGUUUCUCUCGUACGAGGAACUACAGCAACGAAUGGCUAAUUUGGAUGCAGAAAUGGAACGGGAAAUUGACGAAUUAAGAAGAAGGUACCAAACUAAGAGACAACCAAUUCUUGAUGCUAUGGAUACUAAGCGGAAACGUCAGCAGAACUUCUAACAGUUUGGUUGCUUUUUUCAUGCAAAUAAGUGUGAUGACGGUAGAUAAAGGGUGUACAGUUGUAUAAAUGAAUAGAUUUUAUUCAUCUCGCCCUUAGAUUCGUCAAAAAGAAGAACAUUGCUCACAUCCAAUUAAACAUUCAUUUAUAACACGAGUAAUAGCGAUUAAAAGUAUUCUCUUCCGUUUAUAAAUAACAAUGUUCUCUCUUUUUGUGAAUCAAGUACGAGUAAUUAAUACUAGCCAAUAGCCUCACGUCACCAAUGUAAAUUAUUUUACGCGAUUUAGGUAAACAAUCAUGAUAAUUAAUUUUUUUUUUAUCAUUAUGUUCAUCUGUUAUGUAUGCUUAUAGAAAUGCGAAGACCAUUUAGCGAUCUUUAAAAGUUAAAACUAACGAGAGGAACACAUAGAACAUCGAUAGGACUCAAAUGUAGUAUAAUUAUAAAGGGGCAUGUAAUAAUUGUGCGAAAUUUGGACCAUAUUGGUGUUCCAAAAUAGUGUAUUCCUCUUCUAAGAAAAAGAGUUAAAUGCAACGAGAGUAAAAAAGUAAUAGUAAGUCAGGUUUGUGAUUUUUUUUCUUUUUUUUUAUGAAUAACAAAGUGGGCGGAUGUCCAUGUAAAAUUGAUAUUCGGUUUUUAUCUUACGCUAGUCACCUACUAUGCCAUUUAUUUUAUCCAUAUUAUUACAGUAUCAUUGCUCAUACGAAACACAUGCAUGGAGAUCAUCCCGAAAAUAUACAUAUUUAUAUAGUUUUGUGUGCUAAUGUAUUGUUUGCUCGUGAAGCAAUUUUUAGAAAAUGUUAUGAAACUUACUCCUUUUUUUACUGCCAUAAAUAAGUUAUGCGUUACCUGUAGAUAUAUAAUUAGUUUACGGAAUAUUCGUUUUUGCGUUAAACAAUUUCAUUUUUAAUUCUUGUAAACAUAAACCUACGAAUUGUUCUUGAAAUAUCUUUAUAGUAUACAACGUUACAAUGAGAGUAACAUCUCUCAAUGUAAAAUAUUUGACGAAUGAAUGUACUAAAAUUAGUCUUCCGUAUUAGAACGUAUUUUAAUAUUUCAAUAAUUCGUUAAGUCAGCAUUUAAAUUGUUGAGAAUAGUCGUCAUGAAACAAUGGCAAGAUUUAUAUUUUUAGAUUUAUGUAAAACUUUCUAUUCUAUUGAAACACAUUUUUUGAAUCAUUCUUACAGUUUGAGAUCUUCGAACGCGUUAGCAUUACUUUCAAGGUUAAUACAGAUUUCGAUACAUAUUUAUACCAGUUCUGUGAAACAAAAACAGUAACGCAUGUACCUACUAUAAAGGAUAUUACGACAUAACGGAGUAAUUCUUUGCUGACGUUGGGCUAUUUUAUAAGUAGCAAAAAUAGAUUUAUAAUACUUAAAUGCUAUAGCCAGAACUGACUCUUUUGUUUAUUUAGAAAAUAACAAUACAGAAUAACAACAUAUUUUUGAUAUAGAAAAUAUGCACAUUAUGGUCAAAGAGAUUCAAAUAUUAAUUAUUAAAUCCAGUCUUUAUAUGGCCCUACCAUGACAUACUAACAUUAUUCAAGCGAUAGUAUUGGAUUUUACUGUUGAUAAAACAACAGACAAUUAAGUUAUAUUUAAGAAAAAGAUAUCUUUAUUGUACGAUGAAAAAUAGGGCACACCAUUCACUGCGAAAUAUAAAAUAUACGUCUGUUGCAAUAAUCUUAACAGAAACGAAUAAAUUUGACUUAUGCAGAAUUACACAUUCGAUAGAGCAUAAAUACGUUUGUAGUAAAAAGAUUUUCUAUGUUCAUCUUCCACAUGUAUCACUAAAAUGCAGACAUGCGGAAAUGAAGUUGUAAAAAAAUAAUUAUGCAUUUCCAUAUAAUUACCUAUUAUCCAUCAUUAAGGGCGUACGAUAAAAAUUUUUUUCUAUAAAAAUUCUGAUAGUCCAUGAAAUAGAGAUCUAUAAUAUUUAUGAGUAUAAUGUACACGUGUAGAAGUCUAUUUCAUAGGACCAUAGCGAAUGUUUUUUAUUUUUGCGUAUUAGAAAAUUAUUAUUCUUUUGUAUUACAAUUUACAAUUAUUUGUUUAGGGAGUCGUUUUAUCUUUACAUUUUUCUGAUAAAUUGUACCAUUCUCUAUAUGUUUGGGCAAAAUAUACAGACUGAAGGCAGAAAUUCGUCUUUCCAACAAAUGAUUACCUAUCUAGUUAGAGCUAUGCAUUGAUUAUACAGCGUAAUUACACGAAUUUUAAUCUUGUUUAAAAAUAGUAAAAUUAAAUAUAUUCAUAAUUCUUUAUUUCAAACAAAAAUGGAUAAAAUCAUUAUAAAAACACUGCCUUUGCAUAUUUGAUUUUAGUAAUAAAAUGUAAACUAAGUUA